AUGGAGAAAUCAAAUAACUCCAAAACAGGAGGAACAAUGAUCGAUUUAGGAUAUAACGAGGAAGAAUCAUUAUUAGAUAAUGCUUCAUCAUCAUCAUCAUCGACAACAGUAUUAAACGUUCAAGAGCUAUUAUCACAAUCUGAAACUAGAAGGCAACUUAAAACUCAACCUGUUUAUUUGAAAUAUUUUUGGAAAAUAUUAUUAAUAGUAUCAGCAUUUUAUAGUUUACCAUCAAUUCAAUUUGUUGUAUUUCAAAUAACAGAUCCAGAGAUUAAAUGUUAUUAUAAUUAUAAAUGUUUAAGACCAUUUUUAGGUAUACCAUCAUUCAACAAUGUACUCUCGAAUUUAUUUUACUUGAUAGCAGGAACAUCAUUCAUAUUGAUAACUCAUUUCACAUCACAUCAAGAAGAUGGUAUUCAUGGUUUACAUACAGAUUUAUCAUUAUACUAUAGUUUAGGUUUAACAAUUAUUUUAGAAGGUAUUUUCUCUGCAUUAUAUCAUGUUUGUCCUUCUAGAUUAAAUUUUCAAUUUGAUACAACAUAUAUGUUAAUUGGAUCAGGAUUAUUAUUUUUUGCAUUACAUCAAAAAAGACAUGCAACUUUAACAGCAGGUGCAUUUAAAGCAUAUGGUUUCUUUUCAUUAUUUAUUUUCUUUAAUUUCCUUUCAUUAACAAAUAUUAAUAUUUAUGCAUUUUGGGUAAUGUUUGUUAUUGUUUUUGGAUAUGUAUCAAUUAUAGGAUCAUCAUAUUUAUUAGCACAUAAAAGAAUGGAUUUAAAUCCAAGUAUUGGAUUUUUAUGGAGAACAUUAAAGAAAUUAAUUCGUCCUUCAACAAUUGAUGAUAAACCAAGAUUUUUUGCACUUUUAAUUGCAAAUAUUUUAAGUUGGGCUAUUGUCAUUGCUUUUGCUGUCUAUGGUAUGAUGGGUAGUAUUUCUAAAAACUUUUCAAAUUUAAUUUUAGGAGUAAUGGUAUUAGACUUUUUAAUUUAUUUAUUUUAUUAUAUAGCAAUGAAAAUAAAAUAUGGUGAAAAAGUAUAUCUAUUUGUUUGGGUAUUAUUCGCUAUUAUGUUUUUAUCAUGGGGAUUUGGUUUGUAUUACUUUGAAAUUUCCGUUACAAAUAAGUUUUAUACUUUUGAUGAAUCAUUAUUAUUGAAUAGACCAUGUAUCAUCUUUAAUUAUUGGGAUACUCAUGAUUUAUGGCAUUUCUUAUCAGCAAUUGGACUUUUUUCAAUUAUGGCCAUAGUUUACUUUGUCGAUUGGGACUUGAGAACUGUCCCUCGUUCUUUGAUUCACGUCUUUUAA